AUGGCGAUCAACGGGAACAAAAUACAGAGUCACAAAGGGGGCGAGGCUGACGAGACCCACUAUCGAUAUCUUCUACAGCUGACCAACACGCAAAUCAGGCUACCAGCAAUCCAGGCUGGUUGUGAGAUGGGCCUCUUCCGCACUUUGACUGAAAGUGAAGAACCACUGAGUAUCGAAUCUCUCUCCGAACAAACUGGAGCAGCGCCAACACUACUCCGCCGUAUUUUACGGUAUCUUACUUCAAAUGGUGAUGUUACGGAGACUGGGAAAGACUGUUUUGAAGCCAACUACAGGACGCAGGCCCUGGCUGCUCCGGCUUUCCAAGACAGUAUCUACUGGAUGUUUAACAUUGGAAACCCAACCUAUCAGCGUCUCCCGGAGACAUUGAGAAAGAAUGGAAAUACGGAUUCCAGCAAGGAAUUACCUUUCCAGCGUGCAUUCAACACCGACAUGGCCUUUUUCGGAUGGAGCAAACAACACCCCGAGUAUCUCAGAACAUUCCAGUCUCUCAUGACCGUACCUCACGAUGGAGACUGGACGAAUGUUAUUUCAAUUCCGUCGCUAGCCAUGUCCGUCACGGCAGAGCAGGCAGUCGUGGUGGAUAUUGGUGGCAAUGUUGGUCACCAGUCUGCACGCCUACGUGCUCGGUACCCAGAUCUACCGGGGCGAAUCAUUGUCCAGGACCUUCCGGAAACCAUUCAAAAUGCCGAGGCUAUUGAAGGGGUGGAGUUCAUGGUUCAUAACUUCUUCGAGCCGCAGCCUAUCAAAGGCGCAAAGGUCUACUACAUCCGCAAUAUUCUCCAUGACUGGGAUGAUGAGAAGUCUACACAGAUCUUGAAAAGUCUGGUUCCUGCUAUGGAUGCACACUCGCUGGUUGUUAUCGACGAUAUGGCAGUGCCUGAUACGGGGUCUCAUUGGUGGCCUGCAUGCUUGGACAUAAUCAUGUUUUCGUUUUUUGGUGCACUUGAGCGCACAGAGAGCCAGUGGACCGAUUUAGUCUCCGGUGCUGGGUUGAAACUCAUCGACAUAAAGAGUUAUAAUUCUACCACAGUGGACUCUAUUAUAAUAGCUUCGCUACCCUAA